AUGUGGUACCGCUUUUACGACCAACCAGGUAAAGCAAAAGAGACCCAAAAGGGUCAGUGGCCGCUUCCGGAAAUGGAAGACUUGUCCUUUUUGGCCACGGAGGAGUUAAAUCCCUUCACAAUGGGAACGGUGAUAGUUAUGGACAAUGCCAGCUAUCAUUCAAAACUAUUAAACAAAAUACCAACAACGUCCACAAAAAAAGAUGAUAUUAUACAUUUUAUGAGGCACAAUGACAUAGACAUCCCGGCAGGUAAAGCAACAAAAAAAGAUCUUUUAAAUUGUAUAAAACAACUGAAUAUGCCAAAACAAUAUCGAAUCGAUCAAAUAGCCAAAGAACAUGGACACAUUGUGUUGAGACUUCCGCCGCAUUACUGUGUUAUGAAUCCCAUUGAAUUAAUAUGGAGUAGUCUGAAAAGAUCAAUUCGACGAAAUAACACAACCCCUAAUUUAAGCGCUCAAGUGGUGGAUCUGAUUAGACAAGAGGUUAAUAACAUAACAAUAGAUUUGUGGAAAAAUUGUGUAAAGCAUGUAAUAGACAUUGAAAACAGCUAUGUUUCACCUAAUUUUCAAGAGUUUGUUGUCCAUUUAGAGGACGAAGACAAUGACGACGAUUUAGUAGACUAUUUUUUUGAUAGUGAUAACGACUGA